UGCUCUUCGUUUCCAUGUUUCAGGGGCUUGUGGGAACUUUUGCGAUGGUCCUAUAAUAUAAGCGCCAAUGCACUUGCCAGCACUGCAACCCCUGUAUCUGCCUGUCUGGGCUAGUAUGCAGUUGACCAUUGGCAUUGAUUGCACGGCCAGCAGCACCUCGGUGUCAAGACAUUGCAGAUGCAGUGAACUGACGGUGGCCAAGAACUCGAAAGCCCUUCUCUGAUAGACCCAUAACCCAUUGCUGAAGAGAUCUUGUACUCCAUCUCGCCCGACCUGGAGCGCCACUUUUUUGAAGGUCGGCUCCCUGACUAGUUCGAAGGUAGCACUUUCCAGACGUGUGCGGUAUGUGCGUGCGGAUGGGAUUUUACACAGCUCGAAGGACAACAGAAUGCUGUAGCGAGGAAGCAAGUGGCGCUCUGGGAGAAGAAAGCGGAGAUGGCCAAAGACCCGUCACUUCCUCCGGAGGUGAAGAAGUUCCUUGCUGACCGUGCGGACACGUUUUUGUGUAUGCUUGGUGGAAGCAGAGAUACACUUGCCGUGGCAUCAUCGUCGUCCGACACUAUCGAGCCGGCUGUGGAUCUGGCCGAGUUAUGGAUGCUGUGCUGCCAGCAUGUCGGUGCUGGGCAUUCGGAUGUGAUCCUGCGUGUUGCUCGGAUGUGCGAUGCUCUACGGAGCGAAGAUGAGUUUGUUCGUUUUCUAAGUCACUUCUGUCAGGAGGAACAGUGUGGCGGUUCUGAUCGAACAUUGAAGGUUUCCAUCAUGUCACCUCUCAUGGCAAGGAAAAGAUGCCGGCAGUACCCGCGUCCAUUGUGGUGCUUCUUGGUGCUCAAGCAUGUCUUUAUCAUCAAGAAGAAGGGCAUAGAUGUUAGCAAUCAAAUUCGUGAUUUGCCAGCUAUCGAUUCGAGCCUAGCGAGCUGGAUUGCUCUUGCAGUUUCUCCUCCUGCCUGUGUCCCGGCCAUACAACCUGCUCCUGCCCGCGUCCCUGCCAUACAACCUGGUCCUGCCCACGCCGGGACGGCCAUACAACCUGCUCCUGCCCGCGCCGGGACGGCCAUACAACCUGCUGCUGCCUGUGUCUCGGCCACACUGCCUGCUGCUGCCCGUGCCGGGAUGGCCAUACUGCCUGUUGUACCAGGCAUGGAUUUGCCACCAGCUAGCAGGGGUACAUGAGCUACUGCCGGCAGUUCGACCGCGAUCCCGUGUGCCAUCGGCGCAGCUUUUUCCCCGUGACAAAUGCUGUUCUCAACAUACCCAUGAGCUAGACCUGGCAUUCAGUAUGGCUUACCAUUGAAGUGAGUGAUUGUGGGAAAGAUAUUGGGUGAAUCCCAUGCUAUUACGCACCAAAGGAAGGAAUUAGUACUGUUUUUCGAGACUGGGACCGAGACAAUUAUCAUCACACUUCUCUACUUGUUUUGGCUGCCACGUAUGCGGCAGUGCUUCUUUAGACAGCACACCCACUAGAGACUGCACAGCUGUUACUGCAUAUCUAUCUAUUAUAAUGUACGUGUGUAUGUGUGUGUGUGUGUGUGUGUGUGUGUGUGUGUGUGUGUGUGUGUGUGUGUGUGUGUGUGUGUGUGUGCGUGUGUGUGCGUGUGUGUGCGCGCGUGCGUGUGUGUGUGUGUGUGUAUGUGUGUGUGUGUGCGUGCGCCCGCACGUGUGUAUUUGCGUACUUCUUUGAAGUAUGUGAGAGAGACAUUAGAUGGUCUACCAUGAAAUGAUUAUAUUUCACCAUAAUUAUAGGCCUUUUUGGUAUUUUUCUUGUCCUCUUGCCGCAAAGUGCUGUUUUCCUGUUCUUCCUGCCCACUUCUUCCUACCCACUUCUUCCUACCCACUUCUUCGGAAAGUUCCUAGUAGACUUUAGGACGUAGCGUUAGAUGUGUUCUCAUCACUGACUCCUGUCGUUAGUAUCGUCAGAUUUGACUUUCUUUUAUUCCCAUAGCUAUGCAAAAUACGUUACCUUAGUAGCAUCUGGCGCUAGCCACGGUGCACAGCGCUCUA